AUGGAUCAUCCCUUGUUCGUUGCCCAAGAGGCCUUGUGCUUUUACCCAAUCAGCACCAUAUACGACUCUUGUCCUCGCUACCUCUUUUAUGCCCUCCUCCUGGCCAGCUGUAUCACACGAUGGACAGGAUGGCUUGCGAACGUAUUUUUGGGGGCUGCCGCGACGUAUGCUGGCACGGCGGCAAUCGAAGCUUUCAUCUUGGUGGCAAGCGAUCGGAAAGUUCAGGCACCCGUCCCCGUCACUAUUCCACUCCUCACCGAGAACAGUACGCUGCGGAGCAGUUUUCCACAGCUCGUUACCCAGACGAAUCAGAUCUUUCUCCAGCCCACUGCGCUUGAUCUCGAUGGCAAUGCCGUCAUGGCAAUCGUCGUCACCGGCUACCUGGUCUUUCUCCCACUGCAAUGCUGGUCCCGUGUGUUGACAGAAGAGCGUGCUCGAAAUCUUCUCUUCUAUCUCUGGAAUAUCCUGAUGCUCGCGGGAUCUAUUUGCGCUCUGAUAUACGUCGCGAAUAAGAGUGAAACUCCAACGCAGUACAUGUUUUGCUACCCCGACAUCCCGCCAUACGAGUCCACCUCCAGUGAUGGGUGGCAGGACUCCUGGAGAACGUCGACUUGGAACGCUAGUGUGUGGAAGAUAUUUUCGAAUAUGACGACAUGGGGCGAUAUCGGUGACAUCUGCUAUAACCCUUGCUUCAACACCAGCCAGACUCUUCGGCAGCCGACCUCGUUGGAAUCGUGGGUUCCGGAGGAGGGAUCGGAGGUUUCUCUUGGGAAUCGCUUCUUGAAUAAGCUCAUAUAUUCGAAGCGAUACAUCUACAGUCUGAUUAUUCUGUGCUUCGUGCUGAAUCUCAUUCUUUUGACUUUCAAGUUCCUCCCAUACAAGUCGAGGAUUCCAUCUGCACAGAUUGUUGUGAUUUGGAAGACGAGGAAGAUUAUUUGCAAAGAUUUCAAGGACGAGCUGAAUCAAUCGCUCUCGACACCGGUUAAUGGAGUCGAACGGAAGGGACUGUUGCCCACAGUCAAUUCAUCUUGCUGGCGCCGCAUCCGACCUGUCUUCACCAUUCGCUUCCUCAAGGCAUCCCUGCGCAUUAUCGCCGACUUGACGAUUCUCUUUGGCCUGGUAUUCAGUAUGGUUAUCAGCCCACUUACCAUAAUUGCUUUCGUAAUCUGGAUCGAAUGGUGGAUCCACAAUGAUGGCCCGUCACAGGAAAACCCACAGCAAGUUGGCCAGUGGUCAUACUUGGUAUCAAUUGCUUUGCUUUUGAUAUCGGCGGCGAUCCUCACGUUGAAAUAUCGAAUCGCUUCUGCGUCAGAACUGGAUAAUGAGAUAGCAAUGUUGAGAAAGCAGCUUGCAAGGUUGGAGAAAAGAAGAGAUGCACGGAUGGAGUUGGAUUCAGCUUCAUUGACGCCAGAUACUAGAGACGCUUCAGCAAACAACCGUGAAGGUUGA